AUGGAAUUUCAGACGGGCGAGAAUGUUCGUCUCAAAGUAUCACCAAUGAAAGGGGUGAGGAGUAUUGGUAAGAUGCGUCAGUUGAUUCUGAGCUUUAUUGGUCCCUUCGAGAUUCUUGAAUGCAUAGGAUCUAUGACAUAUAGAUUGGAGCUACCCCCUAAUUUUUCGUGUUUAGAUCUUGUGUUCCAUGUGUCUAUGUUGAAGAGGUAUCACAACAAUGGUGACUAUAUCAUUAAGUGGGAUUUAAUCGUGUUAGAUAAAGACCUCCACUAUGAAGAGGAACCAAAUGAUAUUCUUGAUCGUGAUGUUUGCGAGUUAAGGACCAAAGUAAUUAAGCCUGUGAAGGCCCAAUGGAAGCAUCGUUCAGUGGAGGAAGCUACUUGGGAGACGGAGAGGGACAUGCGAGACAAGUACCCGCAAUUAUUUACUGAUUAA